UCUCUCUCCAUGGAGAUCAUCUUGUUUACUGUAUUGUGUUGUGUCCGGAGCAUGAGUGGUAGCUGCCAAGCACGCAGUGGAUAUGGAGGCCUCAAGCUGCCUCCCCGUGGAAGUCGAAGGGGACUGGCCAGCUCGUAGGCACCAGCUGCCAGCCAGACAACAGGGGAAUUCCUUCCCUGAAUUUUCUCUUCUCCCCAAGCUGUUGCAUCAUUUACCCAGAAGAGUUCUGAAUGAAUUGUCUGAUCUGGGGCACUCUAAAAACUCUGGGCCCUGGACUGGAGGGGAAAUAAGAGGUAGAAGGAUAUGUGUCAGUGCUUUUCCCCUGAAGCUACUGUCAUCACCCCUGGAAAUAAGGAAUAAGGGGUGGUAAGAAUGACAAAGGAUCUGGACUGGCUCCCUGUUAUAAGAAAUAAAAACCGAGGCCCAGCAUGCAGUGACCAGCGUGGAGUAUAGAGAGGUGAGCGGCAGCCCUAUGCCUCACCCCUCCAAGUCUCCAGAGCUAACUCCAGCUGCCUUCCAGCACAUCGGACAGCCAACUCAGCCUCAAGGUUUAAAGAAAAGAAACUAGAAGGUUUCCAAUCACCAGCACGUCAAAAACAGAAAAGUCCAAGUGGAUUUUAUUUCUGGACUGAGAUGGGUCUAGAAUCCCCAGCUAAUCCUGGAGAUCCAAAGGUCACCAGCCAGAGGGCAGGAUGGAGAAUGCUCCUCUUCCUCCUGAUGUGCCUGCUGCAGGGUGAGUCCCAAACAGCCAGAUUCAGAGCUUGCACACCCAGACCCAAGCCUUCCAGGCUGCAGCCUGGAGGGCACCUCAGGGGCCUUCAGCAGCCCCUCCAAAGUGCAGGCAUUCCCCAUGGCUUUGGAGCAAGCGAGCACUUUCUGACCUGUUCCCUAAUUCUAGCAGAGUCUGGAGCUCAGAGCUCCUCCAGCGGCAACACUCGGCGCUCUUUCUCCAUGGACGUCUUUCUCCCUCUGCCUGCAGCCGCCAGUGCACUGAGGGGCCCACGGCUGGUGUCCGGGGAGCCGGGGGGCGCCGUGACCAUCGAGUGUUGGUACCCCCGCUUGGCCAUCAACAGCCACCAGAGGAAGUACUGGUGCCGCCUCGGGCCCCCGGCAGGGGUCUGCCGCACCGUGGUGUCCACCAACCGCUACACGCACCUGCGCUACCGUGGCCGCGUGGCCCUCGCAGACUUCCCCCGAAGAGGCUUAUUUGUGGUGAGGCUGUCCCGGCUGUCCCCGGAGGACGAGGGGCGCUACCGCUGCGGCCUCGGGAGCUCAAACAACGCCCUGUUCUUCAGCAUGAACCUGACGGUCUCUCCAGGUCUUUCCAGAACCAUCCCCACAGCCACGCUGGCCUAUGGUGAGCUCAUCACAGAAUCCUCUGAAACAGCAUCACCCCCAGCAGCCAGAAGAUGCACACGAGCAAACACCCAGACGACAGGAAGACAGACGACAGGAUGGGAUACAGUUGCCCUGACUCCAGGAGCCAGGAAAACCACAGCUUCGGCCACAGAGAGGCAAACCCCAGGAGCAACUGCGGCGGUGGCUCCAGGGGCAGGCAGCCAGGUAGAGCGCUCCGUCGGGGCAACUGUUCCCACUGUGCAGAGUCCAGCUUCAACAGGCAGAGGCGUGACCGGUGCAGCAGCGCGGGGUCUGGUGUGGAGCACCAGCGAUUCAGAAGCAACCAGGGCCAGGGCCAGCAAAAGGGAGAGGGAAACUACUCCUGGGGCCGACAGGCCAAGCGAGGAGACAGAGAGCGUCAGCGCGACCCAGGGCACCGCUGAGACAGCUGCAGGGACCGUUAGGCCAUCGACCCUGGCCUCAGAAAGAUGGAUGUGGGAAACCCUCCAGGAGAAGACAUCGGCUUCUGAGCCACAGAGCCUGGGCUCCAUUGAAGGGACCGUCCCGGCUGCGGCUGUGUGGACCUCAGAGCCAACCCACAUAGAGAUGGCAUCUGCGGAGGGAAGCGGUGAAGUUGACCUGGACACGCCUGCCGGAGACGGUGGUCCCCAGGUGAUGCCAAGCCAGGCCCUGGCAGCGGGGCCCCCGGGGCCCCCAGCCAAGGAGUCUUCGCUCCUGCGGCUUCUCUGCAGUGCUCCUCUGAGAGAGAAGAACUUCUCCGGGAUCCUGACCCCAGUCUCGUCAGCUCUGUGCCCGCUUCUGCUGGUGACCCUUGUUCUGUGGAAGAGGAAGCUUCAGAAGAAGGGGAGCUCUCAGAAGACAGGAAGGUCACCAGGUGUCACCUUGAUUCAGAUGACACAGUUCCCGGACCUGGGCCUCCAGCCAGCCCAGCCACCCCAGGUGGGAAGGAAGAGGCUCCAGGUUGACUCUCCUCCUCUCCACGCCGCCUGAGUCUCCCGGCAAGGGACCCGGGACCCUAAGGAAUGGCAGGAUAAGCCCAUCUGUCACUGUGGAAGAGGAACCAGGACCAAAUACCAUAGCCCAGCUUCUUCUCUUCCUUCCUCCACGUGAACGAGCUGGGGCAGAGGGAGCUGGGGGAGUGGGACUCUGUCUAGGGAGACAAAGGCUGGGCCAAGGAAGCAAGCAUUUUCCAAGGUCAUAGGAGACACUGUGACUCAAAGAAGGCUGCAAGAAAGAAUCAGUUCACUACUGGUGGAGGUCAGUGGACCUGGAUAAGGCGUGAAAUUUCCAUUCCUGGAGGGUUGAAAAUACGAGAGGUUUACAAUCAAAGUGCAAUGUUAACAAAAUUUCAACGAUCACUCCUAGCCCUUAUAGGUGCUCCCUUUUCUGAUGUCUGUUAGCACCCAGCCUACUGCACACAUUUGAUUCUAUUCAUUUCCAGUAGAUUCUAAGCUCUGGGGGCAGUAAUUGUGUGUUAUCCUCCUCACUACAUCCCCGAAACUUCAGCUCACUAGAGCCCCCAAUAAAUAAUUGUACUGAAUGACUGACUGGAGGGAAAUGGUCUCUGUGGCCUGUGGUGACCCUGCCCAUGAAGAUGCUCUGAACCUCUUUCAAUGUGGGGGGCCCAUAGAUGAUCCCACAGGUCCCUACAUGGGGACCAACAGGAGGAA